ACUGGAACAGGGGGGUUGUUUCCCAUCUUUCAUGCCGUGUCCCCAGAAACUGGUGUUUCCUAAUAGGCAUCUCCUUAAUUUUUUUUGUAAUAUUGCUCCUUCAUCUUCUUUCUGAAAUCGAGGGCGACGGCUGCUCUUCCUACAAUUGAAUCCUCGGCGUCCGCUUGCCUGAUUACGAACCCUUUCGAGUCCGCUGGAGAUGUUAGCUCAGCGAUAGGAUUACUGCCUUCGUCUGCCCGCUCAUUCUGGUCGAGAAGAUGGCUGGCUCCGGUUGCUGGCCCCAGAGGUCGUCAGCAAGAUGGCUGGCACGAUUAACGCACUGGACAUUGGCCGUACUGUUGUUCACAGCCUUGCCGGCAAAGAGCGACAAAACGGCGGCCGACUAUUAUGUCCACUCGCUGCCUGGGCAGCCUGAUGGUCCGCUGCUGAAGAUGCACGCCGGGCACAUUGAAAUCACCCCCGAACACAACGGACAUCUCUUCUUCUGGCAUUACCAGAACCGACACAUUGCCGACCGGCGGCGGACUGUCAUCUGGCUAAACGGUGGGCCAGGAUGCAGUUCGAUGGACGGAGCGAUGAUGGAGCUAGGCCCUUACCGUGUAAGAGAAGGAGGCAAGCUGGCAUACAAUGAAGGCUCAUGGGACGAGUUUGCGAACCUGCUCUUCGUGGACAAUCCAGUCGGCACCGGCUUCAGCUACGUCAAUACGGACAGCUAUUUGCACGAACUACAAGAGAUGGCCGACCAAUUCUUGAUCUUUAUGGAGAAGUGGUUUGUCCUGUUUCCGGAGUACGAGAACGACGAUCUGUACUUUGCUGGCGAAUCUUAUGCUGGCCAGCAUAUACCCUAUAUCACACGGGCCAUACUCGACCGCAACAUCAAAGCAAGCGCCGAUGGUAAACCACUAUGGAAUGUCAAGGGGUUGUUGAUCGGCAACGGAUGGAUCGCACCCAAGGAACAAUACCUAUCAUAUCUGCCCUUCGCAUACCAGGAGGGGCUUAUACAGGGAGGCACAGAGGAAGCAACGAGAGUCGAAUCGGCGCAGACCAAGUGCCUGGGUGAAUUGGCCAAACCCGGUGGUGCUGACAAGGUGGAUGUGAACCAAUGCGAGACUGUUCUAUCUAUGGUUCUCGACGUCACCAAGAAAGAUGGCAAAUGCUUCAACAUGUAUGACAUCCGACUGCAGGACAAUUGGCCAUCCUGCGGAAUGGCGUGGCCGCCGGAUUUGACGACAGUGACGCCUUAUCUUCGCCAACAAAAUGUCAUUGAUGCCUUGCAUAUCAACCCGGACAAGCGCACAGGGUGGACCGAAUGCUCAGGGUCCGUUUCUUCCGCAUUCCGAGCUAGUCACUCGAAACCGAGCGUCGAUUUCCUUCCCGGCAUCUUGGAAGCUGGUGUUCCUAUUCUUCUUUUCAGUGGAGCCAAGGAUAUGAUAUGCAAUCAUCUCGGUACUGAAGAUAUGAUCGGCAAUUUGAAAUGGUCUGGGGGAACGGGGUUCGAACUCUCUCCAGGUGUUUGGGCACCGAAGCGUGAAUGGACGUUUGAAGAUGAAAUAGCAGGACUUUACCAAGAGGCGCGAAAUUUGACCUAUGUGUUAUUCUACAAUGCCAGCCACAUGGUUCCGUUUGACUGGCCAAGACGCAGCCGAGACAUGCUGGACCGUUUCAUGGGAGUGGACAUUGCGAGCAUCGGCGGCACACCAGCUGAUAGCCGGCUUGACGGUGAGAAAGCGGGUACCGAGACCAGCGUUGGGGGACAUCCCAAUAGUACUGUCGCCAUUGAAGACGAACAGAACAAACUCAAGGAAGCCGAGCUCAAAGCAUACUAUCGCAGCGGAGAGGCUGCUCUGGUGAUUGUGCUGAUUGCGGCGGGAUUGUUUGGCUGGUGGGUGUGGCGAUCAAGACGAGCCCGGUCACGAGGAUACGUGAGCGUGCCCCUGUCGAAUGGCUUGACGGGCAAAGGACGAGAUGUGGAGGCGGGAGAUUUCGACGAGAACGAGCUAGACACUCUUCGCUCAGGUCGUCCACGGGCAGACAUGGAGACAGAACCUUACGACCUUGGUAGUGACAGUGAGGACGAGCAUACAGGAUCUCAUGGAGUUGGGGGGGCCGAGGGCAGGGAAAAGGGAAGCGGAUAACAAAAGGGCCAUCAAAGGGGAAAGGCUCAAUGACCUACAUAAUACUACUACGAGUAUGUGAACAUGGAUAUGAUUAUAGACGGC